UCAUUUGCAAGUUCCUUUUGCUUUGGUGGUAGAAGAUACUCGAUCAUUUUUAGUCUUAUCAUUUUGUACAUGGCAAACCCAUUCAUAUAAAUCGCAUGCCCUUCAGAAAACAACAACCAGUUCCACUGAAGCUUCUCGAUCAUUAGUAAAAGAUGCCCUCCAUAGUUAUUUUCAUGUUCAUUCUGGUGCUAUAUAUGUGGCACUUAGUUCCUACAUCAUCCUCAUCAUCAUUAGACUCUGCAUGGCCGAUAGCAAAGCCUAACUGCGAAACACAUUGCGGAAAUAUCAGCAUCCCGUACCCGUUUGGGAUCGGCCCUAACAAAGGUUGUUACUACGACGAGUGGUUUGAAAUAGAGUGCGCCAGCAGCUCAACAGGUUCUCACAAGCCUUCCUUGAGGCACACACAACCGAAGCUAGAGGUACUGAAUAUUUCAAUUGAAGGCACGCUUCUGAUUAACAACCCGGCCACUUUCUUUUAUUACAAAGGAAACAGAACUCGGCAAUUGGCCCCGGAUAUGACAGCAGGCCCUUUCAUAUAUUCACAGACAUACAACAGUUUCAUUGCAAUGAGUUGCGGAUUCUCGAUGCGGUCAGAAGAUGAGAGAGAAGUUCUCGACCAGUGCUUUACAGAUUGUUUCGACGGUACUAUUAAUUCCUGUCAGGCUACUCUUUCUCCGUAUCUCACUUUGAUCACUACAAAAAAGCAUAAUAAUGAAACUGAUGAGCAGUCAACUUAUUACAACUGCGCUUUCUUGGCUGAUCAAACAUGGUUUCGGAAUCUAAAUUUUCUGAAUACCACUAUGAGGCUCACCUAUGACAGGUUUGCUAAUCCGUCGAGACUCGAGGCAAGUAUGGGAAUGAUUCCUGUAGUUCUGGAUUGGAGAAUAAGAUUAUAUGAUACUGGUUCAUACUUCACAAUAUUUAAAGGGUUCAUUGGAUCACACUCGAGCAAUAAUGACUUGAGACCCUAUUGUGAUGCCACUUCGUCUUCGUACAAUAAUGUUGAAAGGCUUGACUGCAGCUGCGUCUGUCCAUGGGGAUUUGAGGGAAAUCCUUAUCUUCUCCAACCUUGUCAAGAUGUUGAUCAUGUCGGAUCCAAUUUUUCUAUAUGCAAGUACAUUUCAGAUGUUGAUGAAUGCAAGGGGAGUAAUCAGUGCCUGAGUCGUGGAGACACAUGUGAGAAUUUUGUUGGGGGUUACAGAUGCUAUUCGAAUGUAACUGGAGAUACAUGUGACUACUUUGGUGAUCGUCAUGGUGUAGCUAUUAAUUCAUCAUGCUACGUAAAUAGCAGUCCGAUUGCUAGGAUGGAUAAUAAUCAUAAUAUCAGAACUAUUUUUCUAGAUCUUGGUGCGGGAAUCGGCCUAUUAUUACUACUUAUUGGUUCAUGGGUGGUGUAUAGAGUUGUGAACAAAAGGAAAAUAAUUCGGCGCAAGAAAAUGUUUUUCAAACGAAAUGGUGGUUUAUUAUUGGAACAACAAUUAUCAUCAGGUGAAGUUAAUGUCGAGAAGAUUAAGUUGUUCGAGUCAGAUGAAUUAGAAAAGUCUACAGAUAAUUACAACAGUGAUAGAAUUAUUGGCCAAGGAGCUCAAGGUAUUGUUUAUAAAGGAAUGUUGGCAGAUGGGAGAAUUGUUGCUGUGAAAAGGUCAAAAAUUAUCGAUGAAGGAAAGCUUACAGAAUUCAUCAAUGAAGUCGUCAUUCUUUCACAAAUCAACCAUAGGAAUGUGGUUCAACUAUUGGGAUGUUGUUUAGAGACGGAAGUUCCUAUUUUGGUUUAUGAAUUCAUACCAAAUGGAACAUUAUCUGGGUAUAUUCGUGAACAAAAUAAGGAAUUUCCACUUACAUGGAGAAUGCGCUUACGAAUCGCCACAGAAAUUGCCGGAGCUCUUUCUUACUUACAUUGUGCUGCUGCAUUUCCCAUUUAUCACAGAGAUAUUAAGUCAUCAAACAUACUCUUAGAUGAAAAGUAUAGAGCCAAAGUUGCUGACUUUGGAAUUUCUAGAUCAAUUGCCAUUGACCAAACUCAUCUGACAACACUUGUACAUGGCACAUUCGGCUAUUUGGACCCUGAAUACUUCCAGUCAAGUCAGUUUACGGAUAAAAGUGACGUGUAUAGCUUUGGAGUUGUACUUAUUGAGCUCUUGACUGGCGAAAAACCAAUUUCUGCAGUAACAAGGCCACAGGAAGAAGAAUACAGAAGUCUUGCCUCUAAAUUCAUUGUGUCAAUGCAGAAAGGUACUCUAUUUGACAUUCUGGAUGAACGGGUUCGGAAGGAGGGAAAUGGAACAGAUAUUAGGGCAGUAGCCAACCUUGCACGAAGAUGCUUGGAUUUAAAUGGAAGAAAUCGCCCUACAAUGAGAGAGGUCACAAUAGAGUUGGAGGUUAUCCAAGUGUUGCCAGAAAAUACUUCUAGUGCUAAGUAUGAUGAAGGGUUUGAGAACUCAGAACAUGAUUCCUUUAAGCUUUGGGAUGUUGCUUCAAGCUCAAGUGAUCCGCUUCCGAUGGUGUUCCGAGUUCAUCCUUACCGGAGUAUCAACAAUCAACCACUAAGACCUGGUGAAGUUACUUUGUUUUAGGUGAUGCAAUAAUUGCAUGUAUGUUUUUCAGACUUGUUUCUUCUCUAGGUAUAAUUUGGGAAAUUUUAGUACGUUUUGCUGAAGUUUGUAGCUGAAGGAGAACUAUGUUAUUAAUUAGCAUUUGGUACACGCCAUAUGGAUGCGAUUUCAAGUUCAAAACUCUGUCCAUUUCAAACUGGAUAUCUCUGUAUUUGGUACGUAUGUAGUUAUGUACUAGUAUUUAGUCCA